AUGUACCUCUACAGCCUCACUCUCCAACGAGCCACCGGAAUCGUCUCCGCCAUAAACGGCAACUUCUCCGGCGGCAAAGCACAAGAAAUCGUAGUUGCUCGUGGUAAAGUUCUCGAUCUACUUCGACCUGACGAGAACGGUAAGCUUCAAACAGUUCUCUCUGUUGAAAUAUUCGGUGCUGUUCGCUCAUUAGCUCAGUUUAGACUAACUGGAGCUCAAAAAGAUUAUAUUGCUGUUGGUUCUGAUUCCGGUAGGAUUGUUAUUUUAGAAUAUAAUAAGGAGAGAAAUGUCUUUGAUAAAAUUCAUCAAGAAACUUUUGGAAAAUCUGGUUGUCGCCGGAUUGUUCCGGGUCAAUAUUUGGCUGUUGAUCCGAAAGGAAGAGCUGUUAUGAUUGGUGCUUGUGAGAAACAGAAGUUAGUCUAUGUUUUGAAUAGAGAUACUGUUGCCAGGUUAACCAUUUCUUCUCCUCUAGAGGCGCAUAAGUCGCAUACUAUAUGUUAUUCUGUAUGUGGUGUUGAUUGUGGGUUUGAUAAUCCGAUUUUUGCUGCAAUUGAGUUGGAUUAUUCAGAAGCGGAUCAGGAUUCGACAGGACAAGCUGCAAGUGAAGCACAGAAGAAUUUGACAUUUUACGAGCUUGAUUUGGGGCUUAACCAUGUGUCUAGGAAAUGGUCUGAGCAGGUUGAUAAUGGUGCUAAUAUGCUUGUUACGGUACCUGGAGGUGGUGAUGGGCCGAGUGGGGUUUUAGUUUGUGCUGAGAAUUUUGUGAUUUAUAAGAAUCAAGGGCAUCCUGAUGUGAGGGCCGUAAUUCCUAGGCGUGCUGAUUUACCUGCUGAACGUGGGGUUUUGAUAGUUUCUGCAGCUACACAUAAGCAGAAAUCUAUGUUUUUCUUUUUGUUGCAGACGGAGUAUGGUGACAUUUUUAAGGUUACGUUGGAUCAUGAGAAUGACAAGGUUAAGGAGUUGAAGAUCAAGUAUUUUGACACGAUCCCAGUUACUUCCUCGAUGUGUGUGUUGAAAUCAGGGUUUUUGUUUGCUGCAUCAGAGUUUGGGAAUCAUGCGUUGUAUCAGUUUCAGGCCAUUGGGGAGGAAGAGGAUGUGGAGGCCUCAUCUGCCACUUUGAUGGAAACUGAGGAAGGCUUCCAGCCUGUGUUUUUCCAGCCAAGAGGGCUAAAGAAUCUUGUCAGGAUUGACCAGGUUGAGAGCUUGAUGCCUAUUAUGGACAUGAAGGUUGCUAAUCUUUUUGACGAAGAAACCCCGCAGAUAUUUUCACUCUGUGGGCGUGGUCCUCGCUCCUCAUUGAGGAUAUUGAGGCCUGGUUUGGCCAUUAGUGAGAUGGCUGUGUCACAGCUUCCUGGUGUACCCAGUGCAGUUUGGACUGUGAAAAAGAAUGUUAGUGAUGAGUUUGAUGCAUAUAUUGUUGUGUCUUUUAACAAUGCAACUCUCGUGCUUUCGAUUGGAGAAACAGUUGAGGAAGUCAGUGAUAGUGGGUUCCUUGAUACCACACCUUCACUUGCUGUUUCUUUAAUUGGUGAUGACUCUUUGAUGCAAAUUCACCCGAAUGGCAUAAGACAUAUUAGGGAAGAUGGGCGUAUUAAUGAGUGGAGAACUCCUGGAAAGAGGACUAUUGUGAAAGUUGGCUCAAAUAGACUUCAAGUGGUUAUUGCUUUAAGCGGAGGAGAGCUUAUAUAUUUUGAGGUGGAUAUGACUGGUCAGCUAAUGGAAGUGGAGAAGAAUGAGAUGUCCGGGGACGUGGCUUGUUUGGACAUUGCCCCUGUUCCAGAAGGAAGACAGAGGUCUCGGUUCCUAGCAGUUGGUUCGUAUGAUAACACCAUUCGUGUCUUGUCAUUGGAUCCUGAUGACUGUAUGCAGAUUCUGAGUGUUCAAAGUGUUUCAGCACCUCCAGAAUCCCUCCUCUUUCUUGAGGUUCAGGCAUCAAUUGGUGGGGAAGAUGGUGCUGAUCACCCGGCCAGUCUUUUCCUCAAUGCUGGUUUGCAGACUGGGGUUCUAUCCAGGACAGUGGUAGAUAUGGUGACAGGGCAGCUUUCCGACUCUCGUUCCCGAUUUUUGGGGUUGAGGGCCCCAAAACUUUUUUCCAUUAAUGUGAGAGGUCGACGUGCAAUGCUGUGCUUAUCUAGUCGACCCUGGCUUGGUUAUAUACACCAAGGCCAUUUUCUGUUAACACCCCUUUCAUAUGAGACUCUUGAAUAUGCCGCCUCAUUCUCAUCUGAUCAGUGUGCAGAAGGUGUAGUCGCUGUUGCCGGGGAUGCGUUGAGGAUUUUCACAAUUGAGAGAUUGGGAGAAACAUUUAAUGAAACUGCAAUCCCUCUAAGAUACACUCCAAGAAAGUUUGUGCUUCAACCUAAGCGGAAAUUGUUGGUCAUUAUUGAGAGCGAUCAAGGAGCUUAUACAGCAGAGGAGCGUGAAGCAGCAAAAAAAGAGUGUUUUGAAGUUGCUGGAAUGGGUGAAAAUGGAAGUGCCAAUGCUGAGCAGAUGGAAAAUGGUGACGAUGAUAAAGAUGACCCCCUAUCUGAUGAGCAGUAUGGUUAUCCAAAGGCUGAGUCAGACAAAUGGGUUUCUUGCAUUAGAGUCCUUGACCCAAGGUCUGCUUCUACUACUUGCUUGUUGGAACUUCAGGACAAUGAAGCUGCAUUUAGCGUGUGCACUGUAAAUUUCCACGACAAGGAGCAUGGAACUCUCUUAGCUGUUGGUACAGCCAAGGGACUGCAGUUUUGGCCAAAAAGAAGCUUAGUUGCUGGGUUCAUUCACAUUUAUAAGUUUGUGGAUGAUGGCAAAAGCCUGGAGCUCUUGCAUAAGACUCAAGUAGAAGGUGUUCCACUUGCUUUGUGCCAGUUUCAGGGAAGAUUACUUGCUGGAAUAGGAUCGGUGCUGAGAUUGUAUGACUUGGGGAAAAAGAGGUUGCUUAGGAAGUGUGAGAAUAAGCUGUUCCCCAACACUAUUGUCUCCAUCCACACCUACCGUGAUCGGAUUUAUGUGGGCGACAUUCAAGAAUCAUUUCAUUUCUGCAAGUACAGGCGGGAUGAAAAUCAGCUGUAUAUUUUUGCUGAUGAUAGUGUUCCAAGAUGGCUCACAUCAUCAUAUCACGUAGAUUUCGAUACCGUGGCUGGUGCAGACAAGUUUGGGAAUAUCUACUUUGUGAGGUUACCACAGGAUGUUUCUGAUGAGAUCGAGGAAGAUCCAACUGGUGGAAAGAUAAAGUGGGAGCAGGGGAAGCUUAAUGGAGCUCCAAACAAGGUAGAGGAGAUAGUACAGUUUCAUAUCGGCGAUGUGGUUAAUAGCUUGCAGAAGGCAUCUCUAAUUCCAGGUGGUGGAGAGUGCAUCAUAUAUGGGACAGUGAUGGGGAGCGUGGGGGCUUUACUUCCAUUCACCUCUCGAGAUGAUGUUGACUUCUUUUCACAUUUGGAGAUGCAUUUGAGACAAGACCACCCACCUUUGUGUGGAAGAGAUCAUAUGGCAUAUAGGUCUGCUUAUUUUCCUGUUAAGGAUGUGAUUGAUGGGGAUCUAUGUGAGCAGUUCCCAACUCUGCCCCUUGAUGCACAAAGAAAAAUUGCCGAUGAGCUGGACAGAACUCCUGGGGAGAUACUCAAGAAACUUGAAGAAGUUCGAAACAAGAUCAUCUGA